AUGGCCUCCAAGUACAAGGACAAGGAUGCUGGCGUCGUGCUCUCCUUCAACGGCUCGUGGGUGAGCUGGACGCACACUGCCAUCGCCUACGCCGCCUUCAUCAGCGCCUUCAUCGUCGGCGUCUCCCUCCACUACCACAAGAUCGUCCAGAAUGAGUGGUACGGCUACCCUCAGGAGUGGUUCCCGUCCGUCUCCGCCACCAUUGGCGAUCGAUACCCCGAGAGGUCCUUUUUCAUGGUCUUCAUUGCCAUGACGGCCGGGCCGAGAUUCGCGCUCGUCGGCCUGUGGUAUCUCCUGACGGCCAAGCCUGGCCAGUUCCUCCCCAAGUUCGUCGCCUUCUGGGGUGUCUUCCGCACCCUGACCUGCGGCGGCUUCACCUACGUGACCUCGACCGACGACCACGACUGGCACGACAUCUUUAUGAUCUCCUACAUCGUCGCGACCAUCCCCUGGACUUUUGGCUGCCUGGCCCUGAGCCCGCCCAAUGCCAAGGCCAUCAAGUACCGCAAGUACCUCUGCGGCUUGUUCUUUGGGACCAUGAUCCCUCUAGUCUACUUCUUUAUCCAGCACAAGGUGCACAGGGUGCCUGGUGCUUACACCAUCUACGCCUUCUUCGAGUGGGCCCUGAUCCUGUUUGAUGUUGGAUACGAUGCGGUGACGGCUCUGGACUUCCAGACCUUCGAGCUGGUGGUCAAGGACGUCAAGGGACUCAGCAAGGGUGCACACCCGUCCUCCGUAUCCGCCGCCGAGCUCGAGAAGGAGAAGGAACUGGCCACUGGCGGAGUCUUCUCGCAGGGCUACACCGUCGGCGGCGUCGUCGAUACCGCUGCCGACGUCUAUCUGGGCUUCGUCUUCUGGUCUGUCCUGACCAGUCUCGGCGUCGUCGUCUGGUUCUUCCCGCUGUGGUACAUGGGCAUCUCCGGCUACGAGGUGUUCGUCAUGUCCAGCAUCUCGCCCCUCCUGCUCGGCAUCCGUCCCAUCCGCUCUCUUGUCGUCAACAACCUGCGGGCGGUGCACCUCCUGUCCCUCGCGGGCGUCAUGGCCUACAUGGUACAGAACCCUGUCUACCGGCUGUUCGCUGUCGGUUUCGGCGUCUCGAUGCAGUGCCUCGCCUGGACUGCCACCCUCUACUCCGAGUCCCUGCAUGAAGGCCGCCUCGAGGCCAAGAUCCUUGCCCUGAUCGGGGGUCUGCUCAUGUCCAGCAUUGUCAAGUUUGCCUGGCAGACCAACAACCCCAUCUGGCCCAUCAUGCACGCUGCCAACGGCGGGUGGAACGGCACCGGCCUGAUCUUGGGUCUCCUGGCCGUUCUGCGAUCUACCCGCAGGGGCCCUCUGCACACUGGUGAUAACGGCGACCGUCAAGCCGGCUCCAGCAUCCUGUCUGCUUUUGCCAUCGCUGGUCUGUUCUUCGGCCUCCACUCGCUGCUUUCCGACACCAGCACUAUGAUUCUGUGGGUGUGGGAGGGAUACCCGAUCCGCGGCCCCUUCUCCAACACCCAUGCCUGGUACACUAUUUUCGCCAUGACCGGUGGCAUGGUCCUCGGCCUCCUGCGGCCGGGCUUCGUUGCCUCCUGGACUGCUUAUGGCAUUGCCUGUGUCGGAGCCGCCAUGGUUACCCUCUACAGCAACUGGUUCGGCUACUAUGGCGCCCUGAUUCUCUCCGUCUAUCUCAUGGGUGUGUCCAUCCCGCUCAUCACCAGUGCCAUCAAGAAGAGCCCUGCCGUCACCUUUGGCCUUGGCUUCUUGUUCUACAACUUCUUGGUCCUGUUCCACGUGUGGGUCGUCGCCUACGCCUUCGUCCCCGGUGGUCCCUUGGUCCGUGAGCACACCGACUGGAUCAUGAUCACUAUGAUGCUGUGUAUCGGCGCGGGUGUGUUCGACCUUACCUCGACCCGCGCCGGUCGCUCCAAGGCCAAGUACCAGAAGCGACCCAACGCCUCUGCCCACCGCAAGUACCACUUUGGCGCCAUGGGUGUCCUCAACGUGCUCUUCCUGGCCGCCGCCUUCCUGCGCUUCCCGACCAACGACUACAAGCCCUACCAUGCCGAGGACCGCGUCCUCACGGCGGGUAUCUGGACGAUCCACUUCUCGCUGGACAACGACAUGUGGUCGUCCGAGUACCGGAUGCGCGACCUGAUCAAGGAGAUGGAGGUCGACGUCAUCGGGCUGCUCGAGUCGGACCAGCAGCGCAUCAUCAUGGGCAACCGCGACUCGACGCAGCUCCUGGCCGAGGAGCUGGGCAUGUGGGUCGACUACGGCCCGGGCCCCAACAAGCACACGUGGGGCGCGGCGCUGCUCUCCAAGUUCCCCAUCCUCAACUCGACGCACCACCUGCUGCCCUCGCCCGUCGGCGAGCUGGCGCCGGCCAUCCACGCGACGCUCGACGUCUACGGCACCCUCGUCGACGUGUUUGUCUUCCACUCGGGCCAGGAGGAGGACCCCGAGGACCGCCGCCUGCAGUCCGAGUACCUGUCCAAGCUGAUGGGCAGCACCAGCCGCCCGGCCUUUUUGCUGAGCUACCUCGUCACCAAGCCGCUCGAGGGCAACUACAACACGUACGUGUCGGAGACGUCGGGCAUGCACGACGUGGACCCGAGCGACUGGGACCGGUGGUGCGAGUACAUCCUGUACAAGGGCCUGCGGCGCGUCGGGUACGCGCGCGUCAGCCGCAGCACCAUCACCGACACGGAGCUGCAGGUCGCCAAGUUUGUGCUCCCGCCCGCCGACGGGUCGGGCGAGUCGGCGCUGCAGGCGCAGCGGGCGUGGGAGGUGGACGACGCGACGCGCAACAGCCGGGUCGAGGAGCGCGACGUGCCCGAGGGGUGGAGGUUCCCGGCCGUGUUCCGCGGCGAGGGGGUUCGGGGCCAUAGGUACCAUGUCUUUGACGAGCCGAGGUAUUUCAACUAUUAG